AUUUUGAAGAGCCAAACCGGAACGCGGAAGUGUAACGGACGUCCGUUGAAGUGAUCGGUUCUGCUGCUAGUGUUCCGUCAGGAGUCUGAACUGACGGUAGAACCACCGCAACAAGACUACUUCCGGCCGUGAGCAUGAGUGAGGACCGAGAGGAACGUCCCCUGGACCGGGAGGAACGUCCACCGGACCGGGAGGAACACUACCUGGACCGGGAGGAACACUACCUGGACCGGGAGGAACACUACCUGGAGCUCUGCGAGAACCCGGUGCAGUUUGAAAACGCCUCCAGCGUCAACAACGUCUUCUUCGACGAGGCCAACAAGCAGGUGUUCGCGGUGCGUUCAGGGGGAGCCACAGGUGUGGUGGUCAAAGGCCCGGACGACAAGAGCAGCGUUGCGUUCAGAAUGGACGACAGAGGAGAAGUGAAGUGCAUCAAGUUCUCCAUCGGGAACAAGAUCUUAGCGGUUCAGAGGACCUUGAAGUCUGUGGAUUUUAUCAACUUUAUACCCGACUAUCCGCACACAGAGUUCACCCAGGAAUGCAAGACGAAGAACGCGAGUGUUUUGGGGUUCUGUUGGACCAGCUGGAACGAGCUCGUCUUCAUCACCGACCAGGGGAUCGAGUUCUACCAGGUGCUCCCAGACAAGCGCAGCCUGAAGCAGCUGAAGAGCCAGAGCAUCAACGUGAACUGGUACCAGUUCUGCCCGGAGACGGCCGUCCUCCUGCUGUCCACCACCGUGCAGGGCAACGUCCUGCAGCCCUUCGCCUUCAAGAGUGGGACCAUGUCCAAAAUGUCCAAGUUUGAGAUCGAGCUGCCGGUCGUUCCCAAACCGGCCAAACUCAGCCUGUCGGAGAGAGACAUCGCCAUGGCAACCAUUUACGGUCAGAUGUUCGUGAUGUACCUGAAGCAUCACUCACGGACCAACAGCCCCACUGCAGAGGUGGUGCUGUACCACCUGCCCAGGGAGGGUGUGUGUAAGAAGACUCACGUGCUGAAGCUCAACACAACGGGGAAGUUCGCUCUGAACAUCGUGGACAACCUGGUGGUCGUUCAUCACCAGAGCUCACAGACGUCUCUGAUCUUUGACAUCAAGCUGAAGGAACCAGAUUGUGCCGUCAACACACACCAACCUGUUCUACCUGCUCGAUCCAUCCACCCCUACAGGAUCCCACUGGCAGGUCCAGCUGUCGUUCCCUCUCAGCCUCCAAUUCCUUGUCAACUCUACUCUUCCUCCUGGAGCGUCUUCCAACCCGACAUCAUCAUCAGCGCCAGUGAAGGGUACUUGUGGUACCUGCAGGUGAAGUUGCCUCCCACCGUCAACCUGCUGCAGGACAAAGGGAAGCUGAUGGACUUCCUGUUACGACGGAGAGAAUGCAAGAUGGUCAUCCUGUCUGUCUGCUCACAGAUCCUGCAAGGCGGUGAGAAGGGCAGACUCCCCAUCGUGGCGACCGUGUUCGACAAACUCAACCAGGUGUACAAAGAGUACCUGGAGGCGGAGCAGAGCUACACCGCGGCGGUGGAGUCCGGUCCGAGUCGAGGCAGCGCGGCUCCGAAGCGUCCGGUCAGAACUCAGGCGGUCGUCGACCAGUCGGACAUGUACACACACGUCCUGUCACCCUUCACCGAGAGGAAGGGCGUGUCCCAUAAGUUCAUCAUCGCCGUGCUGAUGGAGUACAUCCGCUCUCUGAACCAGUUCCAGAUCACCGUCCAGCACUUCCUGUACGAGCUGGUGAUCAAGACGCUGGUGCAGCACGGCCGGUUCUACAUGCUGCACCAGUUCCUCCAGUACCACGUCCUCAGUGACUCCAAACCACUGGCCUGUCUGCUCCUGUCUCUGGAGAGCACGUAUGCUCCUGCUCACCAGCUGUCACUGGACAUGUUGAAGCGUCUGUCCACGGCCAACGACGAGAUCGUGGAGGUUCUGCUGUCCAAGCAGCAGGUUCUGGGCGCGCUGAGGUUCAUCCGCAGUGUCGGUGGCCAUGACAACGUGUCGUCCAGGAAGUUUCUGGACGCGGCGCGACAGACCGGGGACCAGAUGCUGUUCUACACCGUGUUCAGGUCCUUCCAGCAGAGGAACCAGCGGCUCAGAGGAAGUCCUGGAUUCAACCCCGGAGAGCACUGUGAGGAGCAUGUGGUCCACUUCAAGCAGCUGUUUGGGGAUCAGGCUCUGAUCAAACCGUCCACCGUCUGAAGAGAAUCACUUGGAUCCUGUUGUUAUUUACUUUAUUCAUUAAUUUAUAGUUAUUAACCACUCAGUGUAAACAGGUCGGAUGCCUGUAUGAAUAUGUUGUACAUAGAACAUGAAUAAUGUGUUUAUUUUUUAUUGUUUAACUAACGGCUGCAUUGUUAAUUAUG